UGUAGUGAUUUGCAUCACUGCUCUCCGCGGCUGGCAGCUGUCUCAGUUGGAGACUGGCUAAGAAAGAGGAGAUCCUUGAGCUGUUAUUUUGAUGACAGCCCUACUGUGAGAGAAAAUUCUUUAGAAGUUGCAGGAAAAUAUUCAACCAUUGCUAUUUUUUUUAAACCUCCGAGUCAAGUGGUUUCCCUGGAAAUGGACUUCAUCUCUCAGAGCUUCCACCCCGGUGAGCCUCUCCAUGUCUAGUCUGUGAACUCAGCUUCCAGAAGCAUCACUGUAAACAUGACAGAAGAACCUGUGAAGGAGAUCUUGGGAACCCCCAAGUCUCCCACACCAGUGACAAUGGAGAAAAGUCCCAAGAGUCAAGUUGUGGUCACGACAGCCCCCUUGGUCACUGAGGUCCAGCUGAUGGCUGCCACGGGGGGCGCGGAGCUCUCCUGCUACCGCUGCAUCAUCCCCUUUGCCGUGGUGGUCUUCAUCGCUGGCAUCGUGGUCACCGCCGUGGCUUACAGCUUCAAUUCCCACGGCUCCAUCAUCUCCAUCUUUGGCCUGGUCCUUCUAUCCUCUGGACUCUUUUUGUUAGCUUCCAGUGCCCUUUGUUGGAAAGUGAGACAGAGGAACAAGAAAGCCAAGAGACGGGAGAGUCAGACGGCUCUGGUGGUGAAUCAGAGAAGCUUGUUUGCUUAAAGACUCAAUGAGACCAAACUAGGCUUGGGGCCCCAAGAGCCUGCUCUCUCUCGAUCAGCCAGUCCCAUCCAGAACCAGUGUGGGAGAAACUGGGCUUGACUUCGGAGCAGCCUGGACAAACUGGGCUGGGCUGAAGGGAGGAGGGCCACGAGAGGGGGCCUCCUUUGUGAAGAAUGACCUGUCUUCUUUGUGAAUGUCCCCUUUAACGACAAACUUAAUCCUAAGGGCUAUUUCUGAGACAGAGGAGUCUACUUUUUCUUUAAGUUAAACAUGUUGGGGUCUGUGGGCAGUAUUAGACAUUUGGCUCAUCUUGGAAAGUAGCCAAGAAAUGGUGAGAAAAAUAAUAAAUUAGUCCUGGCACAUCAGAUACCUGCCUUGGAAAGAAAUAACCCACAUUCUUUAAGAAGUUAUAUUAUACAAAUGUUCUACUGAAGGGUCUACAUUGCCUUAGAAUUUGCAUACAUCUUUGAAAUUCUGAUUUUUGUUUUGUUUCAGUAAGUUGAUUCUCUGGCACCCACUUUUAUUCUUCAGUUUCAGUAACUCAUCACUGGUGGUACUUUAUCUUGGAGAAUUAAUUUUUUAUAUAUUUUAACAUUGGAAACUUUUAGGUGAUUAUAAUGACGUGUCAGAAUUAAAAAUAAAAGGUAUAGAUAACAGAAGGUGGGGGUUAAAUUAAUAUUAAUCUGAUAUAGCACUUUUGAUGAUUUUUUAUAUAAAAGUCUAAUGUGCAUUUCAUGCAAAAUAAUAAAUACUCAUUGCUGCUGGA